UUAAAAACGAUUCAUAUUGAAUCAAAAAAAAAAUCCUUGUUUACAAUUUAUUUGGAUCUAAAUAGAUCAGUGGUCGAUUCUGUAGAAAUAUCCGUUCGAGUCACGUGGAUACUGUUUUGAAAAAAAAAUUCGAUUCUGUGAUCAACAUGGAAGAGGAUGGUUUCAAAUUGGUUCGACAUCGUCGUCGUAAAUUGUUACAAAAAUCCAUCGAUACAACCACACAUGAAUAUAUGAAUGAUCUUGGCACAUUAAAUCUGAAUAGUGAAAAUGAUAUUAUUGAAAAAAUUAAUAAAUGUUUGAAUGAAAUAUCAUAUUUUGUUGAAGAUUUUGACGCCGUUCUCAAAGAAAUCCUUACCUCUAAUAAUCAAAAUGAAAGCACAUCCACUAUCGGACAGAUUGUCUGUUUUGGUCUGGGUAAUUUUACCCGUUCACGAUCAUCAAUGUAUCAGUUAGCAUUACUUCGACAUCUAAUGAAACAUGAAAAAUUCUUAAAUCAUCAUUAUGAAAAUAAAUUCAUAGCCUAUGAUCCUAUAUUUACAGAAUUUGAAAAAAACAUAUUAAAAUCGUUUGGAUUUCAAAUACUACAAAAUAAUAAUGAUUGUCGUUAUCCAAUAAUUCAAUCUUCAUCAUUGGAAUCAAUUACAUUAUUGUUUAUGCCUCAUAUGGAUUAUAAUCAUUAUUAUAAUGUAUUGGAUUGUAAUCGUGAAAAUAUUGAUCAUUUAAUCAUAUUUGGUAAUAGUUUGGAUAUCUGUUUGAAUGAAAAAUAUUUUACUGAAUAUUCAACAGAUUUACGUCGAUUUCUUCAAGAAAUAAGUGAACAAAAAUUUUUGAUUGAACAUCAUUUGUUAAUGAAUAAUAAUAAUAAUUUUUAUAAUGAAAUUUUUUAUCGACAAUCUUUACAUCGAUUUUUACCUAAAUAGUUAUGAUUUGCUUUUUAAUAUUCAUGGCUUUA